AUGAGAAGAGAUCUUAGUACUUAAUAAAGUUAGUAAACUGUUGAAAACAUUCCAUCGUUAGGAACUACGUAAUGAAAUUUACAUAUUUAGAUUUCGGUUUGAGCAGGCUAAUUAAAUUAUUAGCUCUGUAUUGCUGUCCAAUUCUAUUUAUGCAAUAACAGUCUUACUAUUCAGUUUUCAAUUGAGUUUUGAUGGCAAUAUGCUAUCUGUUAUUUAUUGUAUCGAUUCAAAAUUGUUGUUACAAUUGAUACAUUAGUUGUAUUUUUAUCGAAUAUUUCUACAUUUUAACAUGUAUGACAGUCUUUAUUAAUAAAUUAGAACAGAUAAACAUACUUUACUAAGAUUAAUAUCAACAUUAGUUGAAGGUUCUUAUUUACUUGUACUUAAUUUAUAUUAGAUAUCUGGAACAAGAGAUUUACUAUUACUUUCAAACAUCUUUCCAUUAUUAAAUAUAUUUCUUUCUGUGAUUUUAAAAUUAAAUGAAGGAAAUUAGUACUUUAAGCAAUCAAUAUCAUAAAUCAAUAUGUUUCAUGUUUUUAGAAAUAUUGUCUUAUUGAUAAUCUCAUUAUUUUUAAGCUUAAAACUUGAAGGAUACUUCGAUAUACAAUGGUUAUACGCUUUGUGGAUGUUUUGGAUACUUUUUGGGGUUUCUGCUUCAAUAGUGAUUUAUUACGUUUUUGUAGUUUUGGCAUUAGGAAUACAAAGAAUUUUAGAAUAAAAUAGUAGACUUAAAAAUUUAGGUUUAAGAUUUAUCUAUAUUAUUAGUUAUCAUAAAUUUCUGGAUAUUAUUCUUUAUGAUAUCAAAUACAUCUAUACUUCUUUUAAUUCCAAUAUCAAUAUUAAAUUUUCAUAAUUUAGGAAAUUAUGGAAAUAUUAUUGAAACAACAAGGAUUAUUUUAAUUAUUAACUAAGUCAUCUUAUCUUAUUUUACUGCUAGAUUUAAACCUGAAUUGGUAUUCAGUUUAUAAACUUAUCUAUCCUUAAAUGAUUCAGUAAAUCCCCUCAACACUCUACCUACUUAAUAAGGAGAGGCAUAACUCUAAUAAUUUAACAAAUAAGAUUUUGUAGAGAGUCGAGUAUCAGAACCUCAUAUGUAAAUUCCAAAAGUUGUAAAGAGAAUAUCAAAAACUUAUUUUGGAUUUGAUGAUCUUCCUUCUGAUAAAAAAUCUGAAACUUAACUCUCUGGUAAGAAACCAACCCACCAUAAAGCAUUAUCAUCAUAAAUAUAAAGAUGUUCAGAUGAUCAAAAUGACAAAAUUAAAUUAUCAUCCUUAAUUAAUAUUAAGAUAAGUGAAAGACAAAAGAGCAUAAUAGAUAUAGAAAAUAAUUCAUAAGAAAUUGAAUAAGUACUUUCUAUAAUCUAUUAUUUCUUUAAUAGGUUAAAGUGCCAAGAUCAGUAUCUUUAUCCUCUAUAAAUUCUUGUUGCAUUUGUUUCGAUAAUGAACCAAAUGCAUUAUUUAUGUAAUGUGGUCAUGGAGGAGUCUGUUAUAAUUGUGCCAUAGAUUUGUGGAAAAAUAAAGAGGAAUGUUAUUUAUGUAGAAAUGUAAAUUUUACUAAUUAUUUUAGAAAAUUGAUAGAGUCUUGUAAAUCAAAAUGAUUUAAUAAUAAAAAAAUAUUUAUCAAGUAGUUGCUGCUACUGAAUUGAAUUAGAAACUUAAAUUAGAGUAAAAAAUCUUAAUAUAGAACUAAUAAUAAUGA